AUGGCUGGACUAUUCAACCGCAAUUUUCUCAAGAACCGUCUAGUCGUUGAUUUCUUUCGCUCGUUAACUACUCUUCGCAAUAAUAGUCUAAAGAAUGUAAUAGAUAGUAACAAGGAAUGGGCUAAUUCCAGUGAACUACGCAAGAAAAAUUUUUUCCCCAAACUCGCUGCAACGCAAAAACCAAAAAUUUUCUGGGUAGGUUGCGCGGAUUCUCGCGUUCCACCCGAAAUGAUAUCCCAAUUGGGAUUUGGACAAUUGUUUGUUCAUAGAAACAUUGCGAAUCAAUUCAGGAGAAAUGAUAAUAGUUGCGAGUCGGCAUUAGAGUAUGCCGUGCAUUACCUUAAAGUCGAGCAUGUUAUCAUCUGUGGACAUACGAGAUGUGGUGGUAUUGAACACGCGUUUAAUGCAAGUCUUUUACCUCAUCUGAAAGACUGGGUGAAACCGAUACAAGAUGUGUAUAGAAUGCAUGAGGACAAAUUCAAGAGUGUGUCGCGUAAGCAAGAAUUUGAUCGGAUUCUGGUAGAACUUAAUGUUAGAGAGCAAGUUAGAAAAGUUAUCGAGACGGAUACGGUUAAAGCUGCUUGGGCUGUUAAUCAACCUUUGGCGAUUCAUGGCUGGGUUUAUCAUUUGGAAUCGGGAAUUUUGGAAGACUUGAAAAUCACAAUUGAUGAAACGACGACCGUAUUUAUUAUUGAUGUCGGUCCCACCAUGUGGCAAAAGGUGGAAGAUACCGGCGCCAGUGCUUUAGAUCUUGCUUUAAAAGCUGUACUAAUAAUGUUAGAAAGCAAGAUAUUUUCUGGACGUAAAACGGAUAUGACAUCUGUAGUUGCUGUUGGAACAGAUGAUCUGGAAACAAGAAUUUUGGCUUAUCCAAGAUUACUUUGCAUUUUAUUGAUGUAUUCACAAUUUUUGAUCCUAUCAGACACAGACAAUGAUUUUGCUGGGGAUGACAUUAAGUAUGAACACAUUACAGUGAUUAGUGGAAUAGAACAGCCAAUGCUUUCGUUACUUCAAACUGUAAGCAACGAACUUCCUCGUGGUAGCGUUCCGGGUGACUGUUAUUCCGCGAUAGAAGUCGCAAAAGACUUGAUCACGAAACAUUGUAAACAUUUAAAGUAUAUUAAGAAAAUCUAUCUGUUUACGGACGGCGAAUCUGAAAUUGAUACUCGCGAGUCUGACGCUCUUGUUCACGAAAUACGUCGUGACGGGAUUGAGAUGAAAAUUGUUGGCGUGGGAUUCGAUGAUCCUGAUACUGGGUUUAAAGAGCAAAAUAAAUCAAAAACCAAAGCAGCAAAUGAGACAUUUUUGCGUAGAUUUGCGGAAGAUUGUGGUGGCGAUGUUUUUACAAUGAAUUAUUUCCUAAAUCAACUUGAAUUGCCUCAAGUAAAAGCCAUAAGAUACGUAAAUCUCUAUAAAGGAAAAACACUUGUAAUGGGUGACGCGGAAAAUUAUCCCGACUCUUCACUAUCUAUUCCUAUAGAGGUUUACAGUAGAACUGCCAUUGCCAGGCCAAAAACUGCAGGCAAAUGGUCCGUACUUUCCGAGGCUGCUUCUAUAGAUCCAGAAAUAAAAACCCACGGUGUGCACGUAUCUCGAACCUACACGAUAAGUAGUAAAAAAGAAAAGAAACAAGCGGAUGAGGAUAAUAGAAUUGAAGUGCCGGUUGAAGAUUUGGAAAAAGCCUAUACUUUUGGAAGAACAAUAGUACCGCUGAUUUCAUAUGAUCAAGAAUUGUUACAUUUAGCAACAACCGCAUCUAUGGAUAUACUGGGUUUUAUCAAAGCUGAAGAUUUUAGACGUGAAUACGUUCUUUCGACUGUUCUUGUCAUAUUACCACAAAAAAAUGAUUUGGAUGCAUCACUCCGUAUCUCGGCUUUAAUACAAGGAUUGUAUAUAAAAAAUGCGUAUGGUUUGGUUCGUUACGUCAGUAAAGCAAACGCCGAUCCAAGGGUGGGAAUAAUUGUGCCGUAUAUCAAACCACCCCGUGAAUGCUUAUACUUUGCAAAGCUUCCGUUUAAAGAAGAAUAUCGGACUUGUAUUUUCCCUUCUUUGAGUAACAUCAAAGACAAGACGGGUAAAAUAAUAGAGCAACACAAAAAAUUGCCUACUAAAGAAAUGCUGGAUAAAAUGGGUGAAUAUAUUGCAGGAAUGGAUUUAAUGGAGGCUGCUGUGGACGAAGAAGGAAAUCCAAAGGAGCAUUUAAAAGUCAAGGAAACAUUCAAUCCUGUAUUAUACCGAAUCGCAAAAGCAACAUCACAUCGAGCUUUGCAUCCAAAUGAACCUCUAGUUCCUUUCAACGAAAGAUUUUUAUACCAAACAAAAAUUUUGCCAUCUCUCGAAGAAAAGAAUCGAAAGAUUGUUGGAGAGUUAAGUGAAUUAUUGCAGAUUAAGAAGGUCCCUCCAAAAGCAAAGCGACGACGCGUUGAAAUUUCCAGAAAAGGUGUAGGCGAGAUCGAUGUUGAAGAUAUACUUGGAAGUAAGGACGAAGAUGAGGAUUUGGAUAAUGUAGUUACGAAAAAGUCUGCUUCUAGUUGGAGCUUUGAUGAAGAUGUUGAUGUACGAGAGAUCGGUGUCGUCGAUCCUGUCAGCGAUUUCAAAAAGAUGACCGAAUAUCGUAAAGAGGAUUUAGUUACAACAGCCGUCGAACAAAUGUGUGGUAUUAUCAAAAAGCUGAUAAUGCCUCCGGACGACGGGAAGGCCGAUAAUGAAAAAGCAUUCCAAUGUUUGGAAGCCCUACGAGAAGUUGCUAAAACACAAAAUGAAUCUCAAAGUUUCAAUGAAUUUUUACGCGAAUUAUACAAUGAAAGUCUUAAAGAACAAUCAAAGAUCAAAGAUUUCUGGGAAAUGAUAAUAAGUUCGGAGAUUACCCUAAUAAGUUCUGAUGAGGCGCCAGACAGUAAUAUUUCAAAAUAUGAAGCGGACCAAACAAAGUUUAUCACUCGCCUCGCAGGCGGUGAUCCUUUCCUUGGGUGUUACGCAUUAGCAGUUACUAUCUUCUCGUUGGGUAUAUUUCGCGACUAUUUAUAUAAAAAGGCACUCGAGAAUCAACCCCAACAUCCAGGUCUACAAAAUGACUACGUUAGAGGAGCGGCGAUAGUAUUGUUUUUGGCCGGAAAUGUAUUUGUGUUGUCUUCUAUGUAUGCGUUGGGUGUUACGGGAACAUAUCUUGGUGAUUACUUUGGCAUACUUAUGAAUGAACGCGUCACAUCGUUUCCGUUCAACGUGCUCGAGAAUCCUAUGUACUAUGGGUCAACGAUGGUAUUCGCAGCUACUGCUUUAUGGUUUGCUUGUCCAGCAGGACUUGUUUUGACCGCAUGGGCCUUUUUCUGUUAUAUUGUCGCGUUGCGAUUUGAAGGACCGUUUACUACUAUGAUUUAUGAGCGUCGUGAUGCUGCAAGCGCUAAAGCAGAAAAGGAAAAAGAAAAUUAA